GAGAGGAAGAAGAAGAACAAGGAGAAGACGCAUGGAAUUCGUGGGUAUCUGUUAGAAAUUGCAGAAAUCACAUUUCUUGCACUCCCAGAUCUCAAAGCUCUCCAGAAUUUCAGGAUUUCUUUCUCAAGAAGAAAGAAAAAAAACUCCCCCUUUUUCUCUUGCUGGUUUUUUGCUGGGUGUUUUCUUGCUUGGAAUCUUUGUGAUAUUCAGUUGCAAAGAUUGAAACUUUAGGCUUCUGGGUACCUUUUUUUUCUGGAAAAGAUUGGACCUGUUCUUACUUCUUAGUGGAUUAUUGCGUUUUUGAAGACUGUGCUUGGAUGAGGAAAAUGGGGAGCUUGUGAAGUUCUUGAACAAGGAUUUUCUUAAUGGCUUGUGUAGUGUUUCUUUCUAUGCAAAGAUAAAAGAAAAUAGAGUGAGAAGCCAGUUAUAUUUAUGGAAAGGAAGUGGUGUCUUCUGCCAUGGGGAGUGUUUGGCUUUGUGAUUUGGGCAUUAGUUGGGAGUUGUUCUGCUACUCUUUCCCCAUCUGGUGUAAACUAUGAAGUGCUGGCAUUGUUUGCCAUAAAGGCUGCCUUGCAUGAUCCUUACAAUGCUAUGGAAAAUUGGGAUAUCACCUCUGUAGACCCUUGCAGUUGGAGGAUGAUUACAUGUACCCCUGAUGGCUAUGUCUCUGCCUUGGGACUGCCUAGUCAGAGUUUAUCUGGGACUUUAUCUCCUGGAAUUGGCAAUUUAACUAAGCUAGAGUCUGUGUUGCUGCAAAACAAUGCUAUUUCUGGGCACAUUCCUGCUGAGAUUGGGAAGUUAGAACAUCUUCAGACUCUUGAUCUCUCCAACAACAAUUUUGAUGGUGAAAUACCAAGCUCGUUGGGGGAACUAAGCAAUUUGAAUUAUUUACGACUCAACAACAAUAGCCUUUCAGGGCAAAUCCCGGAAUCGCUCUCCAAACUUAAUGGCCUUACUCUUGUGGACGUUUCUUUUAAUAAUCUCAGCGGUCGACCCCCUAAACUGCAAACAAGAACUUUCAAAGUUAUUGGCAAUUCUUUAAUUUGUGGGCAGAACUCUAAGAACAACUGCUCUGCAUUCUAUCCAGAGCCGAUGCCCUUUCCACCGGAUGGUGGAAGAGGUCAAGAAGCUGGAACAAAAGCGCAUUCUGCAGCUAUUGCUUUUGGAGCCAGUUUUGGCUCUUUGUUCGUAAUCGUUAUAGUGCUUUCGUAUCUAUGGUGUCGCUAUAGACGGAACCAGCAGAUCUUUUUUGAUCUCAAUGAUAUGUAUGAUCCAGAGGUAGGCCUAGGUCAUUUGAGGCAGUACACCUACAAGGAACUAUGGGCUGCAACCAACCGUUUCAACUCAAAGAACAUUUUGGGGAGGGGAGGAUUUGGUAUAGUGUAUAAGGGCUCCUUAAACGAUGGCACUAUCGUCGCGGUCAAAAGGUUGAAGGACUUCAAUACGGCCGGCGGCGAAGUCCAAUUCCAGAUGGAAGUAGAGAUGAUUAGUCUGGCUGUGCAUCGGAAUCUUCUUCGUCUCUUGGGAUUCUGUUCAACUGAGGAUGAGAGGCUCCUUGUUUACCCUUACAUGUCAAAUGGGAGUGUUGCAUCAAGGUUAAAAGAUCAUAUCAAUGGUAGGCCUGUAUUGGACUGGGCAAGGAGAAAAAGAAUAGCGUUAGGUACGGCAAGGGGGUUGGUUUAUUUGCACGAACAAUGCGACCCGAGAAUCAUCCAUCGCGACGUGAAAGCAGCAAACAUCCUCUUGGAUGAAGACUUUGAGGCCGUCGUUGGAGAUUUCGGUCUAGCAAAGCUCUUGGACCACCAUGAAUCUCACGUGUCCACUGCGGUGCGUGGAACCGUGGGCCACAUUGCUCCCGAGUACUUGUCCACGGGCCAAUCGUCUGAAAAAACGGACGUUUUUGGUUUUGGAAUCCUUCUUCUUGAACUGAUUACCGGUCAUAAAGCUGUGGACUUUGGCCGUGGUGCUAACCAGAAAGGAGUGAUACUCGACUGGGUGAAAACAUUGCAUCAAGAAAAGAAACUGAAUGCAAUGGUGGACAGGGAUUUGAGGAACGGCUUCGACAGGGUAGAACUGGAAGAGAUGGUUCAGGUGGCUCUGCUCUGCACUCAGUUCAGCCCUUCGCACCGUCCGAAAAUGUCGGAAGUGUUGAGGAUGCUCGAAGGUGAUGGCUUGGCCGAAAAAUGGGAGGCUUCGCAGAAGGCAGCUGCCGACGGGGGCAGUUUAAGGAACCGUACCGCCACGUUCGAAAAGACUCCCCAGAGAUACUCUGACUUCAUUGAAGAUUCUAUGGUUGUUGAAGCCAUGGAGCUCUCUGGACCUAGAUGACAACUCCAUCCAUGGCCAUGGCCAUGGUCAAGAUCAAAAAGUUGAUUUGUAGUUUGUAGGGUUUAGUGAAUGUGUGAAACUUCUUACUUUAAUUGGUUUUCUGUCUUCAGAUUUGGAAAAUUUAAUGUCCACGUUAACUCCAUUGAUGACACCAAGGUUGACACCAUCAAAAACAGUUGUCAUCUUUGCAUGCACACAUGAUAUAAUCGUCUCUGAAAUGUGUGUUCACAGAUCCAUGCGUGCGAAAAUUUACAGACGGUUGUCAUCGGUGUGUGUCAAACUUGGUGUUAUUCUAGCAUGACCCGUGAGAGAUGAUUGUCUAUGAAACAUCGGCGGUGUCAAUUUUGAUGUGUUGUGAAUGUAGCAUAUGACUUUUGAUUAUUUUACUCAUUUUAUGGUGACCAAGUUUUCAAGAAGGUACAAUUAUUUAUGAAAAAAAUACUCAGCAUCAAAUUUGUAUUUGUACCAUAUAAAUAUGACUUGAAUUU